CGUCAAUUCCCUGCUGGAAGGGUAUGUUAGCUAUGGUGACGGCAGUGCGAUUUUAUGGUAUCAAUGUGUUGCAGUUAGAUUGUAAAAACUUGUUUAAACGUACAACAGUGGAAGUGUAUUCGAUCUUUGAUGGUGGAUAUGCUAAACUGGCAUAGGGUAUUUAUAAACACCGGCAGAUCCAAUGUAGUAUUUUUGUGUUUUUCCAUCAACGUAGAUACGUAUGUACGUAUGGACACAUGUACAUAUGAACAUAUACACCACGACACGUGUCAAACUUAAACGGAAUCUAAUCAAAUAUUGAUACCAGUGCUUACCCGAAGAUGGAAAAAAUAAUCAAUUAGGUGAUAAGUGUUUCCUAGCUGAAUAAUUAAAUCCGAAAAGUGUUUCCUGAAGCGCAGCGUGGACAAAAGCAGCCUGGCGCAUUUGUGACUUUUUGAAUGAAAAUGGUGCUGCCUGCUUUUAGGCUUUUGGUCUAUUGAAAUAGCAAUUUCGCUUUCAUCAUCGGGCGGGCAAAGUUUUUGCUCGCAGCCGCGCUUCCUGGUCAACAUAAUCAAAAGGACUAGCCUCCACCGGGAAAACAGAAUCCAUGGACAUAGAUGCAACACAAAUGGAAGACUUUCUCUUUUUUGAAGAAAGUGUUUGCUUUGUCUCUCAAUGGGACAAUAGUAGCUCCUUUCUGCUCUUCAGUGAUGCCCACCGGUAGAUGAAUCAAGGAAUUAUAUACAUCAGAAAAAGUUAUUUCAUUUGAAAUCCAUAACACAAAAAUCCAAUGGCUUCGAAAAGUGUCAGCAUAUACUAAAAAGAAUUGGAUUAAGUAUAGCAUAUUUUUGUACAUUGUUUUUAAGCAAGCUAUAGAAGUACCAGCACUGUCACUCGCUCUUUCUCUCGCAUUCUCUCGCUCCCUCUCUUGCUGCGGAAUGCGGAAGUCAACUUGUGUGCAGGAGCAUAUAAAUAGUGGGACCAAUCGCAGGACUCGCUCACUCUGCUCGGAGAGCUUGGAGUGGACUGCCAGCGCUCCGGACGACGCGCCUUAAAUUAGGCAAGAACAAUUUGGUUAUUUGGCGCAGUAUGGACUUGCUACGCUGACUUACUACUUACUGUCAUGCCAAGAGACUGAGGUCGAAAGGCAGCUUGGGAUCUGGAAAAGAUGGAGGCCACGCCGGGCUACCAGGACAUCAGCGCUCUGGAAAAAUCGGUGGCCAAUGCAGGAUCGCAGCUGUACACGAUGGCCCACAAACUGCACGCGGUGGAGCGCAGCCUCGAACAGACGACGAUGGAGCAGAUGGACGAGAUGGAGGUCCUCGAGUUGCUCGAGUCGAUGAGCGAGGUGACCAACGAGUAUCAGAAUCUGCGCAAGGACAUUCGCGAGGUGCAGCAGUUGCAGCGUGACGUCAGCAGCUCCAUACGGUUCCAAAUGCGCAGCAUGCAGCAGACUUUUCACACUCUAAAACAGCGGAUAGCUAGCUCCCAGAAGGGUCGCAAAAAGCCCAAGAAAGGGCUCGAUGGAGCAGGGGUUGGGAUUCAUGAAUAAUCAAUGACCCUAUUGAUUGGCCCCCCUGGCGAAUAGGUGCGGUAAAUGUGUCAAUGGGGACGCAAAUGUAGGGACUAAAUUUACACCAAUCUGAAGCAAUCAACUGUGUAACUAUAUAUCGCAAGCCCACUCCAAGCAUUUAGACUCGGAAGCAAAUCCUAUACUUUAUAUACAUGUAUACACUUUAAGAAAGCCACAACCAUUGUAUGCUCAUUAAGCUUUUUUUUUUUGGUGUUUUAUUCCAGUGAUAGACAGGAAUAACGAAAACUUACUGCUCUAAGAACACAAAAACACAAUGCUUAACAUAGGUUAAAACCAUGUACGAUGAAUAGGGUUCUUUAGGGCGAACCGGAAUGUCUGAAUGCACUUUUCCAAAUUUUGCCUUAACAUAAUAGUAUUUUGAGGUAGUUUUUGAUACGACACGUUUUAAAAGAUAAUAUGUAGCAGACCGUACAUAUUUAGGCCACACACAAUGAUUAUUCUUGUGUUAGUUUCAUUUUUGGAGAUUUAUUUGUUGAGCUCUAGAGAAAAUAAAAGUUAGUUAAACCUCGAGA